CCUCCGGGCGGCUCUGUGGUCUGCGAUCCCAUUGCGCCAUCUCCUGCACUACCUCUCUAAGCGAACCCCAAGUGCUCACACCUAUUCACUCCUUGCAGUUCCUUCUCCCCCAAUUGCCUGGCCUGGUCUGCAGCCGUUGCGCUGUUCCCUGCCCUAACCGCAUCGGGAAUCUCCCCUUCUGAUCUUCGCCGUCUCGGAACCUCCAAGCUGCCAUGGCCGACGAGACGCCACGCCACGACGAGGACCGGCAGCAGGACGAGAAGAAAGAAAUGAUGCCGCCCCAGGAAGAACCACCGGCAGGUGCUCCCCACGUUCAGCAGACGCCGACGGAACCACUGCCGCAGCCGAAACAAGAGCCUGGCACGGAAAGUCAAAAUCAAAUCGCGCCUCCGCAUCCUCACCACUACUCCUCCAUUUCCUCCCCACCAAACAUCACUCUCCCCUCAAUUAACCUCCCCCCGAUUCGCACCAUGGACGGCCAACAGCCGCUGCCUCCACAUCCGAAUCCACCGUCAUUGCAAAGCAGCGUUUCCCCUAGUCCUCCGUCGCAUGUGUCCAAUUAUUUCACACAAGCCGGGAACCACAUGACCCUUCUAGGACACUCGUCGCAUUCGCAUUACGAUGGCUCACACCACCUACGCUACCCGCUACCGCACCAGGAAGGCAUGGAGCAGCGGAUGAUGUCGGAUGGAAGGCAUAAGAAGGAGAUCAAGAGGAGGACGAAGACCGGUUGUUUGACUUGUCGGAAGCGAAGAAUAAAGUGUGACGAAGCCCACCCCUUCUGCAACAACUGCAAGAAAAGCAAACGAGAUUGUCUAGGUUAUGAUCCUAUGUUCAAAUCCACCAUUCCUGCCAACCUCCAACCCGCGCACCCAUCUAACUCGCACCAUACACAAGCAGGCGCCCAGUCGGCGUCACCACCAGCAGCUCAACACUACUAUCCUUCCGCCCAUCCACCACAACAACCAGGUCCGCAACCAGUUAAACCGAUUGGUCACAUUGGUGAACCCCUCGGCGACCCUACUUUCAUCUCGACGAUGCCGACACUGCCGGCGUACCACAGCAACAAAUCUCCCCUGAUCACGGCAGACUAUAAGCCCCCAAAACGAAUAACGAUUGACGACCUGUACCAUGUUGGUGGAUGGUCUCCCACGAGUCCACCAGUAGCCAAUCUGGGGUACAAUAUCCCUGAAAGCUCCAUAGCUGAGAUCAAAUUAUUGUACACCAACGACUACGCCCCCGGACUUGACGCGAUGCUCGAAACCACCUGGUACACCACAAAAGGCUGGAGUCGUCUCAUCACGAACCGGCCCCUUCUCACCCUCUUCGCCCACUACAUCGAUCGAUGGCGUAAAGUCCCCCAAUCCGACUAUGACGGCAUGCAAACGAUCCGGUCUCUCGGAAUGCAGCUUGUCUGGAAGCUCUUCUGCAUGAUUCGGCCAUUCCAAUCCUACGCACCGGCCACCCAACCCCACACCAACGGCACAUUACCACCCGUCUCCAACAUCGAUCCUGACAACCACCCUGCCGACACCCUGCAACUCAAAGAACUCCUCCCACGCCUCGAAGUCCUCGAACACCUCCUCACCGGCCAACAACUCCGCGACAACCCCAUCUCCCUCGCCGACUACCCCCCGCACCUCCCCGAGCUCAAAUCCUGGGAAAUCGAGUUCUGGCGCCUCGUGGGCCUCUUCCUGACCCUCCGCGCCUCCGACUCCAACCUCGAGGAAUCCAAGCGCGUCGAAAGCGCCCUGAAAUCCGUGCGCCUCAUCCUCGGCCUCAAGGAGAACCGCGACGUCAUCUACAGCAUCCUGGUGACCCGCCAUUUCGGCCCGCGCGUCCCCGGCUUCCCGCGCAUGGAGAUGCCCGACCCGAUCCGGAAGCUGCGAAGCCCCGACCAGCCGAACCAGGAGGUCCCGAUGCUCGAGGACGGCACCGAGAUGCGGCUGUGGGUGGCGAAGGAUUUCAUCGAGAAGGAGGCGAGCGGGGGUAGCACGAACGAAGUGGCGAUGCGCGUGUCGGAUUUCGUGCGGCGGAGUUGGCAUAUUUUGCAUGAGGAACCGUAGUUUGACUGUCUUGUCGCCCAUCACAUCAAUGGGUGAGUGUCGAUCCCGACGCUCUCUCGUCUCGGUAGCCAACUACAAUGAUUUCGGCUUGUCUUUCAUUCUUGGGUUCUUAUGACCAGCCUUUUUUGUUCACACGAUUUCAUGUGGCUCGGGCAUUUCCUGACGGGGUUCUUCUUCUUCCCCCGCUCCCUCUCCCGCGGACGGGGGUGUUUUCCGCC